AUGGCCUCAAAGACCAUGACCAAAGAAGGCCUCCGGCGAAGACUCCACGGAUCAACCCAACCCAAGCGCACCACCCACCACUACCACCGCUACCACCGCUUCGCCCAGAAACACACAUGGACAAUCCCACUAGCACUAAUAAUUGCCAUUCUCGCCCUCUACGCCCAAAAUCCCACAGAAACCAACAUCCUCCACCCCUUCCUCUUCCUCUCCUACCAGCAAAAUGACGGAAAAUACGGAAAAGGCCUCUGGGACCUCGCCUUCGUCUCCUUCUACGUGAUCGUGCUGACAUUCACCCGCGAAUUCGUCAUGCAAGAACUUCUCCGCCCCCUCGCCGCGCGCAUCAAGUCGCGCGCCAAACAAGCCCGCUUCAUGGAACAGGCUUACACGGCUAUUUACUUUGCCAUCCUCGGUCCGGUGGGAUUGUAUGUGAUGCGGCAGACGCCGGUGUGGUAUUUCGAUACGAGGGCCAUGUAUGAGGGAUUCCCGCAUCUGGCGCAUGGGGCUGCAUUCAAGGCAUAUUACCUGUUUGAGGCGGCGUAUUGGGCGCAGCAGGCUUUGGUGAUGGUUUUGGGGAUGGAGAAGCCAAGGAAGGAUUUUAGAGAAUUGGUUAUGCAUCAUGUUGUUACUUUGGUGCUUAUUGCGCUGAGUUAUCGGUUUCAUUUUGCGUAUAUGGGGAUUGCGAUUUAUAUCACGCAUGAUAUUAGUGAUUUCUUUUUGGCGCUCUCGAAAUCACUGCAUUAUUAUGCGCCGGAUGUGAUGAUCCCUUUUUAUGCGGCUUCGGUUGUCUCUUGGGUUUAUCUGAGGCAUGUACUCAAUCUGCGUGUGUUGUACUCCAUUCUCACGGAGUUUCAUACUGUGGGCCCUUAUGAACUCAACUGGGAAACACAGCAGUAUAAAUGCUGGAUCUCCAAGGUCAUUACCUUCUCACUCUUGGCUUCUCUGCAGGCCUUGAAUUUGUUCUGGCUGUACUAUUUGCUGCGCAGUGCGGUCAAGUUCUUGAUCACCGGCGAAAAGAAGGAUGAUCGGUCGGAAGAUGAAUCGGAAGUCGAGUUGGAACAAUCCCAUCUCAAAGCCAAUGGUCUCAAUGGCCAUGCGAAUGGUAAUGGGGUGCUGAAUGGUAAGAGCCCUCGGGCCUCGGUUAAGAUGAAUGGCUCGCGCUAG